CACACACUCACUGUCUCUCAGCACACACAUUCAUACACACACAUUCUUUAAGUGUUGAGAUGCAUGCAGGAAACACUUAGAUCUACACACAAUUUAAUCCACUUACUAUAGACAUGGAAUUCUGACAAAAAUUGAAGCAUCAACAUCUGAUUAAGGCUGGAGCGCUAAUGAGCACACAAAGGUGUUUUCAUUUGCCACUUGUUGCCUCGUUACACCUGGUUCACUGCCUUAACCUCUAUAUGCUUGACCCCACUGUUUUCUGUUUGAGGCAACACAUUGUGUUAUUGUUACACAGAUAAAUACCAAGGAGAUAAAUACCAAGGAGGCACCAGGGGAGAUAAAUCACCAAAACCAAAAAGGUGACACGAGGUAAAGGAAAGAACUGAACAGUAGAGACAGGUUCAGAGACAGUCUCCCCUCCUCAUCCUUCUGCUCUUCCUCCACCAUGACUGCAAGACAGACAGUUAUCCCUCUGAUGGCAGUGGUCCUCUCACUGCCAGGCAUCAUUCACUGCUUCCAACCACUCUUCUCAUUUGAUGGGACUUCCACUACUCACCGUGACAUCACCCGCAUGGCAGCCCUCAGAAAGACGGCGGAGGUCUGCCGAGACAUCGCUCUCUCUGAGGGACGGCCCUUCAGCCUGAUUAUUGAUGACAGCGUGUCAGCUGGCAAGGUGCAAAGAGCCUGUUCUGUUACAGGUACUUCCACAUCUCUCCUCUCCACGGUCAUGUUCCAAACCUCCAUUGCCAAAAUGUACUUCAGUAAUGCAAUAGUGGACGUUGUCUAUGCCCUGAGUGAGAAGCACCAUUUUGAUGAUGAGACCUUCCAGGGAGGACGGGAUAUCAUCACAGCAGGUGUGUCUGCUGUGAAGGCCAGUGUGAAGCUGGAGAACUUUGUCGCAGGGAGAUGGACUCUUGGAAGAGUCUGUCACACCCUACAGGAUUUCUACAGCCACAGUAACUGGGUGGAGCUUGGGAACAACUCUCCUUACACCACUCUGAUCAGACCAGACCAACCUCUUGAGAACCUGGCAGGCCCAAGUACUCCAACCUGUAGAAACUGUACAGGAGGGAGCUGUGCUAACAACCUUCUGCCUGACCUGAUGCAGCAGGGGCUUCUCACUUCAGGCUACUUCAACAUCUUCUCCUCAGCAAAACCUGCAGGUAAAUGCAGCCACGGUGGUUUCUUUGACCGGACAAGCAAACAAGACCCAGUGGGGGGCAUCAAUAAGGAUAACGUUGGGUCUAGUCAUGGCUCACUUCACCACAAAGCAGCUGAUUUGGCUGUGAAUGCCACUAUGGAGCUACUGGAAGACAUCAGAGUGGCUGUGGGAGACAAGAACUUCCUGCGACUGAUGGGCCUCUCCCAGUCCUCGGUGCUGUGUUUUGUCAUUGACACCACAGGCAGUAUGAGUGAUGACAUCGCUGAAGCAAAGAGAGUUUCCUUCGACAUCAUUGACAGGAAGAGGGGAACGCAGCAGGAGCCCUCUGCGUACAUUUUGGUGCCUUUCAAUGACCCAGGUUUUGGACCUUUGAUUAUGACAACCAAUGCAGAUGUUUUCAAAGACAGCAUCAACAAGUUGACUGCAAGUGGAGGAGGAGACAUCCCAGAGUUGUGCUUGUCUGGACUGCAGCUUGCUCUGACUGCGGCUCCACCCUCCUCUGAGAUCUUUGUGUUCACUGAUGCUCCAGCUAAAGAUGCCCAUCUGAAAAGCACCAUCACUGCCCUUAUAGAGAGCACCAAGUCUGUGGUUACUUUCAUGUUGACAGAUGUCCUUGCCAGUCGACGGCGCCGCAGAAGCGUUCAGGGUUUGAGUCCACGUACAAUAACCCAAUCAGAGGCCCAGCUGUACCAUGACCUAGCCCAGGCUUCUGGAGGUCAGGCCAUUCAGGUCUCCAAGUCAGAUCUCUCUCUGGCUACAAGUGUUAUAGAGGACUCAUCAGCCAGCGCUGUGGUGACUGUUUUUCAGGUAGUGAGGAAUCCUGGAAGGCCUGAUAAUUUUACUUUUACUGUUGAUGGUUCAUUAAGGAACAUGACUGCAUAUAUCACAGGAGCCCCAGCUCUCACCUUCAGCUUCACCAGCUCUACAGGUGUAUCUCAGAGUUCCAGUCAGUCCAAUGGUCUUCUGGCAUCUUUGACCACAGCAGGAAACCUACGUCGUUUAAACCUCAACACUGACAAUCAAACAGGAUUAUGGCAAAUCAGUGUCAACUCUAAUAGCCCCUACUCUGUUAAGGUCACAGGUCAGAGCUCAGUGAACUUCAUUUAUAACCUUGUGGAAGCGCAUGAAGGAGCCCACGGGGACUUCAGUCUAAAGGAGGGACGCCCUCUUUCAGGUGGUAAUGCCAGCCUCUUGAUAUCUGUGACAGGAAGUGACACAGUAAAUGUCACAGAGGUCACUCUGUUGGACAGCUCAGGGCCAGCGGAGGUCAACGGGUCACUACAGUCAAUGGGAAGUGGUAACUUUCUGGUGACAUUCAGUGGGGUCCCAGCAGGAGACUUUGUGGUUCGUCUGAAAGGAGAGGACAGUAGCUCCACCUCCAGGUCAACACCGAGCAGCUUCCAGAGACAAGCCUCCACACGGAUCAAGACCUCCAGCAUCUCUGUUACUACCCAAACCAACAACACCAUCGUAGAACCAGGCUCCACCAUCUCCAUCCCUUUCACAGUUGCCACAACCAUCAACGGGGUAGUUAACGCCUCUGCAACUGAGACAUUGACAGUACGAGUCAACAAUGACCGCAGCUAUGCUUCAACUUCACCCAGCACCGUCACCAUAGCGGCAGGAAGUGGAGGCACAGCCAACGGCACUGUAACCUUAACAGUACCAAGCAGUGCUGCAUCAGGAACAGACGUGACCCUUACCAUUGAGGCAGAAAACGCAGCUGCCAGUGACAUCAACUACGCUGUCCUCAGGUUUUCUGUGACUGCCAAGGUGACAGAUGUUACUCGCCCUGUGUGCCAGGUCGUCACUACAACAAACAACUGUCCAUCCUCUUCAUCACUGUGUGCUUCCUCCCAGUGGGUAUUCAUUGCCAAUAUCACCGAUGGCAUCAAUGGGACUGGCAUUGAGAGCGUCACCAUCCGCCAAGGGAAUGGCACCCUCAAUACCAGCACAGUGGCAGCAGCAGGGGGCGAGAACAUUACAGUGGCUACCUACAGCGCCUCCUGCUGUUCACAGAAUGUAGAGCUGGCUGCAGUGGACGGAGUCGGAAAUGUGGGGACCUGUGUGGGACAGGCUAGAGAAUCUACCACGGCUGCACCUGUGACCACAACUACAGUUAACACAACAUCCACAGGGGGGCACACUUUGAGCAUAUCACACAGCCUCUGGAUCACUGUUGCAGUUUCUCUCCUUUGGAAGUAAGAUUACACUGUAAAAAAAAAAAAAAAAAGAAAGAAAAAAACGCAUAAAUCAAGUAACAUUGCUGAAAGUCUUUAAUAUCUUUUGAUUUUUUCCAGCAGGACUUUUUAAAUGUACGAUUUAUUUAUAUCCCUCACCCAGUGAGUAGGUUUGUUGCAGUUUUUGCAGUUGAGUGGUGAGGACAAGCUCCCAUUACUCCACCGGUUGUUAGAUGCCAGGCUAAACCCAACUGAAAGUCAAUGGAAAGAUCAAAGUCCUACAGCUUCUUACUUAUCUUAACAGUGUCUUACCAGUAUUUAACAUUUUUCCACAAGUAGUUUCCAGGCUUCAACUGAUUAGUUUAUUUUCUUCUAAUGUGUAUCUGGGUGGUUGUAGUUGUAUUAAGAGAAUAUUCAAUUUAAAGACAAGUAUGUUUUUUGGUGCCUUUACUUUCAUGAUUGUUUUUUGAUAAGUGGUGAUGGCAAUAAACUGAA